AAAUUAAUUAUUCACAAAAGGGACAAAACAGCUGGUUGAAAAUAAGAGAAAGAGACAAGAAGAGAGGUCCGCAUUUUAUCUCUCUCUCUAUCUCGCAGCAGCCAGACAACCUCAGCUUUGUUCUGGGCUCCGGUCUUCUCUGUUGUUCAGUUACUCUCGCCGGUCGCUACAUGGGCCAUACUUGAACCAGUCAACAAGGGAGGUUUCUUAGUUAAGUUGGCAGCUUGUCUUGGGACAGAGAGGAGAGCUCUCUUCUCGCCCGCUAUAUCUCGGCAUCAGACGACAACGACAUCGACAACAACAACGACAACAGCAUCAACCAGCGAAAGCAUGGCCAGUGUCAACGGGAGCUUUGCCUCGCCGGCGGCAGAUGCGUCUCUUCAUGCCGCCGUCGCCUCGCCGUCCGGCCUCUUCAUGGCCCUCGUCAACAACAUGUCUGGCUGGGGCGCCGUCCUUGCGCUCUUCCUCUUCGCGGUCGCCUACGAUCAAUUUAAAUACAUAUGGCUCAAGGGGUCAAUUGUCGGCCCCCGGUUCAAGAUUCCCUUCAUGGGACCUUUCCUCGAGUCCGUUAACCCCAAGUUUUCUGAAUACAAGGCAAAAUGGGCCAGUGGAGACCUCAGCUGCGUCUCUGUCUUCCACAAGUUCGUCGUGAUCGCAUCUACCCGUGACAUGGCCCGCAAAGUGUUCAACUCGCCCAUGUACGUCAAGCCCUGCGUUGUCGACUCGGCUCACAAGCUGCUCGGCAAGACCAACUGGGUCUUCCUCGAUGGCAAGGACCAUGUCGAGUACCGCAAGGGUCUCAACGGCCUCUUCACCAGACAGGCAUUGAGCGUCUACAUGCCCCUUCUCGACAGCGUCUACGACAGGUACUUCAGCAUGUUCAUCAAGGAGUCCGCCGACAACAACCACAAGCCAAUCCCCUGGAUGCCGCAGUUCAGAGAGCUCAUGUGUGCUCUCUCCUGCCAGACCUUUGUGGGCGACUACAUGACCAACGAGGCCGUGGUCAAGAUUGCCAACGACUACUACCUCAUCACCGCCGCUCUCGAGCUCGUCAAUUUCCCCAUCAUCCUUCCCUUCACCAAGACCUGGUACGGAAAGAAGGCAGCUGACAUGGUUCUGGCUGAGUUCAGCAAGUGUGCGGCAAAGAGCAAGGUCCGCAUGGCUGCUGGCCACGAGAUCUCCUGCAUCAUGGACGGCUGGGUCAAGGCCAUGCUCGACUCCGCCGCCUACCGUGAAAAGAUCGCCAAGGGUAUCUCUGUGCCUGACGCUGAGAAGCCAAAGCACAUCCUCCGUGAUUUUUCGGAUUAUGAGAUUGCACAGACCAUUUUCACCUUCCUCUUUGCCUCUCAGGACGCAACCAGCAGCGCUUGUACCUGGCUCUUCCAGAUCAUGGCCGAUCGCCCCGACAUUCUCGACAAGGUCCGCGAGGAGAACCUCAAGGUUCGGAACGGUGAUCGCGACGCACCCACCUCCAUGGAACUGCUCGACCAGCUCACCUAUACCCGUGCUGUCGUAAAAGAGACCCUCCGAUACCGCCCUCCAGUCAUCAUGGUUCCCUAUGAAGUCAAGAAGGACUUUCCAGUCACACCUACCUACACUCUCCCCAAGGGCUCCAUGAUUGUUCCAUCCGUCUGGCCGGCUACCCAUGACCCCGAGGCCUAUGAGGACCCGGAAUCCUUCAUCCCAGAGCGAUGGAUCACCGGGACGGCCGAGCAGAACGCAAAGAACUUCCUCGUUUUCGGCACAGGUCCUCACUACUGCCUAGGACAGACUUAUGCACAGCUCAACUUGAUGGCCCUGAUUGGAAAGGCCAGUAUGGCUCUUGACUGGGAGCACCACACUACGCCCCAGUCCGAAGACAUCAAAGUCUUCGCUACCAUUUUCCCACAGGAUGAUUGCCCACUCGUCGUACGACCCCGACCAGAGUGAAUAAUGUCGUGAAUGACUCAUGGAUGGGGCUACUUUUUCACACCCCUACCCCCAAUUAUCGAAACAACCGGUUCGAGGACACACCUCACCUUAAUACCUAACUAACCUGCACUCCUUCCCCCUCCCCUCCCUCUUCUUCUUCUUCUCUCAUUCUUCUACCCCUCCUCUUUUCUCUCAUCGCGCUGAAUACAUUAUGUACGGUGAUCCUUUUACAGAAUGAUGGGCUUUGCCUUGCACCCCACCCUUAAACCCUCUAUUAAUGCCCCAUCCCUUCUCCCUUUCAAGCUUUAUGGAACUUCUACCCCAGACGUUCCCCUCUCUCAUAUGAUUCCCAUAACAUUCCCCCUCUCCUACUUCACUUUUUUGACUUCGCAUUUGAUCUUCUUAUUUCUUCCCUCGUCACGCCCUUUACAUUUUCUCGUUUCUUUUUCUUUUCUUCUUCUUCUUCUUUUUUUUUUACUUCUUUCGCAAAAGCUUUUUAAGUUCAGAAAACGGCUCGUAUAUGGUAUACGAGAACAGUGCGAGCAACUCGUGUGUCUUGACGAUUCGGUCUCGCCUUUGGGAAUGGGAAAGGGGAAUGGGGGGCGGCUUUUACGCAUCGCAAUAGCUAAUCAGGGCAUGCUAUGGAGUGCAUAUAAUACUUAAUCGCUAUUAAUGAAUGAUAUUCGGUGAAGGCACCUCUUCCUCUUCUCUUACUUCAGCCUCGCUUCACCCAUACUUCACCUUGUCUUGUUUCUUUUUCCUUCCCGAGAACUUACUAUCCUUAGCGGCUCAACGUCAAUGUCAACGUCAAUCUAAGUUGU